AUGGCGGGAAUGGAUACACAGAAGCAGCUUCUCUCUCUGAUCCGCGACUUCACCUCUGAAAGAUCUCGAGGAGAGCAAAGAGUGGUUGGGUUGAAGAAGCGGAUCGAGUCUCUACAGUCGGAAGUGGAAGCAGCGAAUGCAGAAGUUGAGCAUGCGAAGCGUAUCAAAGAAGUGGCAGAGGAGGAGCUCAACGGCUACGAAGUUGAAUUGUCUUUGAACGAUGCUACGAUUCAAUCUCUGGAGUCGAGGAUUGCUCUUCUUCAGGAUGAAAUUUCAACUGUUGGCAAUGAAGUGGAUGCUCUUAAGAACAAGGAAGGAUUACUUAGAGAUGAGUUUAUAAGCCAUAUGGUUGAGCUGAACAAGGAAAUAAGGGAGUUCCAGAGAAAUGUAGACUCCAGUUUGGGAAAUGAUGAUAGUAAUGGCAUAACGUCAAAUGUUAAAGUUUUUGAGGAUGGUUGUGGAGCUGAUUCAGAAGCUAUCAGGGAUUUUCUAUCCGAUUUAAGUUCUCAAUUAGCAGAAGAGGAAGAAGGAUACUUGGCAGAGCAGAACAUACAAGAACAGCUGAAGAAGGAACUGGAUGAGUAUGAGAAGAAAAUGUCACUCAUGGAGGCCAUAACAGAGAAAACUAACUCAGUGCAAGUUCUCGCUAGAUAUCCUUAUUUUCGUUGGCUACUGAGCUGA